AUGCCAGUGCUCAAAAAUACAGAUUUAUUGAAAUUGGCGCGGGUUUUCCAUCCGACCAGCCUUAUCGUGUCAAAGGUUUCCUUCAAGAUCAUGCUGACGUUGGACCCGCGGCUGCCGUACAAAGUACUUAGUGUUCCUGAAAGUACACCUUUUAUAGCAGUCUUAAAAUUUGCAGCAGAAGAAUUUAAAGUUCCUGCUCCAACAAGUGCAAUUAUUACCAACGAUGGAAUAGGAAUAAAUCCUGCACAGACUGCUGGAAAUGUUUUCCUAAAACACGGUUCAGAACUACGAAUUAUUCCUAGAGAUUGUGUUGGAAAUUGUUAAUACCUACUACUUGGAACAUAUGAUUUCCUUUCAGAAUAAAUAUUGAUAUUGAGGGGAAAAAAAAGAUA